UACACAUUUUGAGCCCGACUCCAUAAUUGAUUGUGCUGGCACUCAAUCUUCCGCCCAGCUCCGAGUUUUUCCGCCCCAAGUUUUGACCUUUAUGGCCGGCAAGAAGCGCUCCACGCCGCCAUCGCCUAGCGCAAGAAAUCAGGAAGAGGAUUUAGAAGAUGAAGACGAUGUCCCACUGGACAGGAUUCUCCAGCGCCGACGCCUCGCUGCCAAAACUUCUCCAAAACAGACAAAUGGGGCCAGAACUGCAGUUACCGGUGGGCGGCACACUUGGCUUGAUCUUCCUUCGACGCAGUGUCUGAUGUGCGUCUGUUGUAGCCACGACAGCGAAAGUUUCGCCACUCAUCGAGGUGGCCGAACGCUGCAUCAUUGAGUUCCUUCCUGUCGUGCCCAACCGUCUGCGUGUCGAAGUUGUGUGCAGACGCUGGCGCCGGCUGAUUCGUGAGGAACUGCCGGUCACGGAGCUCGACUUUAGCCAUGUUACUGUCCGACCCUUGCUGAGACGCGACGUCAGCGCGAUGCUGGGUCGUGCCGGCCAGCAGCUAACGCGCCUUGUCUUGCCCGACAUCACGCUAGUCGACGCGCAUAUUGAGCUCAUAGUGCAGCAGCAAAACCUCCGCGUCUUCCGGGCGCACAGGUGUGUAGAUACUGUCAUGUUAAUAGGCUGCUGCUAGUUGUGUGACUUGUCCAGUCAUGCAGAGACGCUGUAACUAUCUAAUCGCUGUGCAUAAUGAGAAGGAUGCAGAAGAAACAUAUCUUCAACAUCUUGAAGAAUUGCCCCAACCUCAAGACGUUAGAGCUGUUGGACUGCCGGGCCUUAACGUUCAGCGGGUGGCCGCGUGAUGCAGUGGCGCUGCGCAAAGUGUUUCUCAAUGGGUGCAACUUCGUCACCAACCAAGCAGCUAGUUCGUUGAUUACAGUCUGUGGGGAUACGCUGGAGAAGAUCAUUUUCACGGAAGCGACGAGUCUGGAUUCACAGAUCUUUCGAGACCUUGCUAGACAUGCACGGAGGCUGGAGGAAUUGACGAUAAACGAUUGCACUAGCGUACGGCUUCGCGAUUUCCAGGCCUUGACCGAAGCACUUUGGAGCUCGUUGCGCUGGUUGGAUCUGGCAUCAUGCCGCGGCAUCUCUUCUUUUCCGGUUUGUUCGCGUAAAUUGUGCCGUCACCGCUCUGGACUGCAUCUCACUCAAUCUGGCCAACAGGAUGCUACAAGCUUGCCUCAGCUGCAAGUGCUUAUUUUGGACAAGACGAAGAUCAACGAUGACGGCUUGCGAGGAAUUUCUCAAGUCGCUCCCUCACUUCGAUACCUCUCCCUUCAGGACUGUCGCGCCAUUUCCGACGAUGGAGUCGCUGCUCUUGCGACCUCGGACGUUUCUGAUGGAUGUACAAGUUUAGAGCUUGUUGAUUUGAAGGGUACACCUGUGACAGAUGCAAGCCUACGUGCACUUGAAGCGCGCUGCCCUCGCCUUCACUUAGUGCGUGUUGACUCGUGUCGGUCCGUUUCCCGAAAGAUGAGGAGCAAGCACAAUGAGCGUGCAAGGAGGAUUUUAGCGGGUGGUAAUCUAAGCAAAUGCGAGCGGAUAUUUGCCGAGCGCAAGAAGAUCGAGAUGAUUGACCCCAACAAGAGCAGCAGCGAGUCUGAUGAAUCUGAAAAUGAUCAAGAAGAAGAUGACGACUAUGCCAUUGAGGCCCGACGGAGUGGAGCUUCAUAUCGAAGACGACGAUGAGUAGCCGGUCUGGUCUUGCAAGACGCAGGUGACGUUCAAGGCUUGCGGACGCCAUUGAAGACUAUACAACAUGUUGACGGUUUGUUUCCCCGAACGGAACGGAACUGGAAUGGGCUGCAUUUAUGUUAAUACCCCGAUUCCCACCAGCCUCUAGACGCAAACAACUGAUUGCACUUAGAAGCGGAGCUUCUUGAAGAAGAAGCUGACACCAGCAGCCUUCUUCUCCGACUUGCACGCGGCCUGGUUGAGGUAGCUGUAAAUCAACAUAAAACACGUCAGAAUUUUGCUAUAAACC